AUGGGCGAAAAACACGCCACGGUGUCGCUGAAGGCCUCGGUGCUGUCCCACGUCGUCAGCGGGCUGACCCCGCCCUCAAUGGAGAAUAACGACGACAGCUACGCCGAAAUCCACCAGCAGGUCUGGCGGAAAGGUGAUCUCCAGCUGGCCAACGGCGGCUACGCCAACCCGGGACUGGAGCCGUACCCGGUGCUCAAGAUGAACCCGGCACCGUUUGGGCUUGCCGGGUUUUCCUUUUCGACAUUGGUGGCUCUGCUCUAUACGGUGCACGCUAAAGGCAUCCACAUUAAUCUGGUAUUUAUCGGCAUGGCGUGUUUCUUUGGCGGCGCGGGGCAGAUGGUCACGGGGAUCUUGGAGAUGUGCAACGGCAACACGUUCGGGCUGACGACUUUCUGUAGCUACGGCGCCUACUGGAUCGGGUAUGGGUGUCUCUUUAUCCCGUCGUUUGGGGUGCGGGCGGCGUAUACUGACGAGCACGAGUGGAACCAGGCUCUAGGGCUAUAUCUUUUAGGGUGGGCGCUAUUCACGUUUAUGUGUACGCUAGUGACGCUACGGUCGACGCUUGGGCUCUUUGGCCAGAUGCUAUUUUUAGGGCUUAACUACUUAGUGUUGGCGAUUGGCUGUUUCACCGAAAGUGACGGCGUCAAUAUCGCUGGCGGCGUCGUCGGGAUCAUCGCCGCCGUCUUCGGUAUGUGGAACAUGGUGGCCGGCAUUGCCACCCCUUAUAACUCGUACCUCAUCCCUCACCCAGUGAAACUCCCUCGCUACGGUGAGCUUAGAUAG